AUGGCGGACAAGAUCGUACUUGCUGCCUGCUGCCUUCAUAACUUUUUGACCCAAGACACACAGGAAACACAAGAAACUUUGAUGGAUGAAAGCGAGGUGAGCGACGGUAAUGGCUUAGUAGACAUCGAACCGUUAAAUAGAAAUCCAUCUCAAGAAGCUAUUCAAGUUCGUGAAGCAUAUAAAACAUAUUUUGCAUACACUGCCUUAAAAGAAGCUAUGGGUAUUCCUGGCCUCGACGUUAACGCGGUUAUCACAAAAAUUAAAAACAUAAGAUCAACUUAUUCACAAGAGGUAAAGAAAAUUAACGAUUCAAUGAAAUCUGGAGCUGGAGCAGAUUCCAUAUACAAGCCGAGUGUAAAAUGGUUCGACAUACUACACGAUGUGUUACGAAGCAUAAAACCUAGAAAAUAG